CUCAAAAGAGCCAAAGUCACGACUACCCCAACGAGUCCUGUAGCCUCUCGCUGUAAACCCUUGUGACGCUGGUAUUCUGAGGCAUGGACGCUGAAGAAAGGGACGGCAAUUAGCCAAAAUAAAAGAACGAAGAGAAACGUUACUGGCAAGUUUCACUCCUGGACAAGACCCAACUGAUUUUACACUGAAUAAAGUGCAACAUGUCUUGCUUCUGUAAUUUAUUUAGAAGGCUUCGACAGCCACCUAGAGAAGAGGUGUCCCUGUUAAUUGCUGGGCUUGAAAGCAGAGACAGAUCUAUAGUACAGUCAGCAUUUAAAGAGUCCCUAGAAAAAUAUGCUCCAAAAUAUGGAGUUUACAGAUUACAUAUCUUUGAUGUUGGUGAUAACAUGGAAGACCGUAGAACUUGGAGUAAAUAUUAUGCCAGGAUUUCUGGCACUAUAUUUUUUGUGGACUCAACGCACAUGUGGAAAAUUGCUGAGGCCAGACAUGCAAUUGUUGAAGUUAUGAAGCACUCUGAGAUGGCAAGAAAACCAGUGCUAAUAAUUGCCAACAAGCAACACAUGAUAAAUGCUAAAACACCAAGACAAGUCAGUGUACGCUUAUCAGUUCAAAAACUUGCCAGAGAAACCAAAUGCCCAUAUCAAAUUUGUGCAUGCUCAAUAUUCCCUGAAAGAGAGGAAAAUGUCUUACUCUACAGAGCCCUAAAUAAAGGUCUAAAGUGGAUUUUGUGCUAUGCUAAGAACUGGUCUUUAGGUAUGCAGGCUCUGAAGGAGGGCUCGAGUCAGAGCACAAUGGAAGAAGAAAAUGAAGAGGACAAGGCAAAAAGAAAGCAACUAACACCAGUGGAAAUGGAACAAGAAGAGGAGAACAUAGGUGAAGAAGAAGACCAAGAAGAAAAGUCAGAAGGGCUUGACAUCAUUUAUGAAAUUGACUUCAUUAAGAAGAAGAAAGACAAAAAGCAAGUUGAAGAUUUUGAAUACAAUAAGCAAGGAGAAGAUUUACCCAGCAAGGAUGUUGAGAUUCCUAGGAGAGCUACAAGCCAUCAAGAAAAUAUGAAUGUCAAAUCUACUAAUAUGAUGAAACAGGAAGAUAUGUUACUGCAUAUCCUACAUGGACUUGAGAUAGUGUCCAAAAAACUGGAUACUAUGGAUGGCAUACUGCAGAGGCAUGACAGUGAAUUGUGCUCUAUGAAUGACCAAGUAGAACUCAUGCUGAAAAGACUAAAUAUUGGGGAAGUACAGAUGCAAAUGCAUAGCAGUGAAUUUUGUGAAACUGACACCCAGCCAGAACAACUAAUUAAUGUAGUGCUCAUGUCAAAAAAAAAUUAAUUUUCUGGAAGGCCAACUGCAGAGUCAUAACAAUGAGUUUUGCAGGAUGAAUACUCAACAAGAAGGUACAGCCAAAACCAGCACCACCUACCAAAACAAAAAAAAAAGAUUAGAUGCAACCAUAGGCAUAGACAUGAAAAUUACGCAUUGGAUUUGAUUUAUUUCAGUACUGUUUUAAAGGGAAAUUUUCUUUAUUUAUUUUCAUUUGAUAAGAGAUUCUAGAAUCUGUUACCAAACUGGCCAUUACUGUGAUAAUGCACAUGUUCUGACUGAUUUUCCAUCACUGUACUUUUGAGCAUAUGGUAGACCUUAAAAGGCAAGUCAUUUCAUUCAGUGAUGUAUUAACUAUAACUCCUUUGUUGGUUUUGAAGCUUGUUUAUUGACAUAGUCUCCUGUAGUGGUUCUAAAAAUAUUCCAAGUUAUGUUGUGAAGUCUGCUUCUGGAAAUUGUAGCCACUUGGUACCUUGGAGAAACCUGAAAAUCUGUGCAUCUAAAUAUUAUUCUACAUGCUGCCUUAAGGUUGUUCCCAGUCCAGUCUGUCUGGCACCCUUAAUUGCAGUGCUGUUAUCUUGGAUAAUAUAUGUUGAUAUAGUGCACACAGUCUGUAAUGAUGUGACAUUUCUGAAUCAUUUUUUAACAGGUCACAUAAAGUGCCAGCCACUCCACUCGACAUGUAAACAUGUGCAGCACAGCAAAUAUUUUAACUGCAGUUAGGCUAAAUCUCCUGGGCAAUCUGUUCUUCAGGGUGGUAUUUGUCCCACUGUGUUCUGGUCAGGCAUGCAUUCUUGAUUACUACUGAUCUGUUUUGCUGCUAGCUUGGGACUAGGGUUUUGUAUUCAUUGUUACUCUUUGAGUACUCUGUGGUAUGGCUGGCACUAAGCUUGUCUCAUAUUGUGAUCAAUUGUCUUUCUGUUGCCUUUUAUUGCUGUAAGAUGGUUCACACUUGGUGACUUUCUACUAAUAUCUGUAGUGUCAGUUGCUGAUCUCUUGGGAGUCUGAUUCUAGAGAAUUCACUUGCGAUACAGUGCGGGACCUUAUGUUUUUAGAUGAAACGAAGCUUGAGGCAAAGCCCAUGUGCAUUCAACAUUACCUGUAUUCAUUUAUUUUUAUUAUUGUUUUGAACUGCAUUAUUUCACACAUUAUCACUGAGGGAGGUUGUGUUCCUGGGUUUGGAUGAGGCCUAUUUCCAAGCCGGUUCAAGCAAGGUGGAUAGUGUUUACAGUUUAUACUGCAUGAAGGUCUUUGAUCUGUAUAUCAGCUGAAGUGUACUGAUAACGUCUGAAUACUUGAUUAUCACUUGAGGUUUGUUUUGUGUUUUUUUUUCUAGGCAGGUCUACACAGCUAAGGAAUGCAGCAUGAACCACAUGAACUUUGACUGCAUUUCUGAUGUCUGAAAAUCAGCACAAAGUAAAUCAAAUUCUGGAACCAUUUAAUAGAGACAGAACAGCUAUUAUGACAAAAACUGUAGCAGAUUGCCAGCAUGACAGAUCAGAGAUAAAGUGAGAAUAUAGAAAUGAUGGGAAUAGUUUUAGCUAGAUACUGGCAAAAUAAUUGACAUAAGAUCUUGUUUGAGGAGAAAAUAGAGAACUUCAUAAGAUAACUUGCAGACAUUAGUAUAGGAAGAAUACACUGCCAAGCAGAAAAUCAUAAGUGUCAAAAAACUGUUGCAUUACGGGUAGACAGAGAAUGUUAGAAUUGUGAUAGUAAUAUUUGCAGGGAGAUGCUGAUUAAGCCUCGUUUCCAAGUAAAACUUUAGUACAACAUGAACUGUCCUUAGGGGAAGAUCAGAUAUCCAGAGUGAAUAGCCUUAGUAAAUAUUCUGGGCAUGCACAGUUAUGAAAUAAACCAGACAUAUAUAUACAUGGACUGUUCAAGAUUUGACCAGGAUUUGAUGUGUGUGUGUGUGUGUGUGUGUGUGUGUGUGUGUGUG